GUCGGAGCUGGGAAACUUCAUUUCUGUACGGACUUAUGUGUAUUGUAGUAUUGGAGUAUAAUGGCUCGUACUAAGCAGACUGCUCGUAAAUCAACUGGUGGUAAAGCGCCCCGAAAGCAAUUGGCGACAAAGGCUGCGCGUAAAAGUGCACCUGCAACUGGAGGAGUGAAGAAACCUCAUCGUUAUCGUCCCGGAACUGUUGCUCUUCGUGAAAUUCGAAGAUACCAAAAGAGUACUGAGCUUUUGAUCCGUAAAUUGCCUUUCCAACGGCUUGUUCGUGAAAUUGCACAGGACUUCAAAACUGACCUACGUUUCCAAAGUUCAGCAGUUAUGGCGCUUCAAGAAGCAAGCGAGGCCUACCUAGUUGGACUCUUUGAAGACACGAAUCUUUGUGCUAUUCACGCUAAGAGGGUUACUAUUAUGCCAAAAGAUAUCCAGUUGGCGCGUAGAAUUCGUGGAGAACGAGCUUAAAUUUUUUUUCUGGCAGCAAAAAUGAAAACGGCCCUUUUCAGGGCCAACAAUCCUUUUCUCGAAAGAACAGUUCGGUAUUCGAUACAUUACGUUAUUCAUGUAUAUUUUAUUCAUAUAUUCUUUUGAUUGUAAUUAAUAACAGGUAGAACUACAGUUUACAUUAAAAAAAAAAAAAAAAAAAACAUUCUACAACAAAGUUUAACUUGAAUUCUAACUUCUUGUUAAUUUUUAUGUACAGGAUUAUUUCGUGUACAUAAUAGAUAUCGUUUUGAGUACAUAGCCUGUCAUUAAUAUACUUGUUUAUAUGUAUAUGAGUUUGACUGGUAUUAUUAAACAUACAAUUUAUAGUGUUUA